AUGUCUCACGAUAUACAUACCAGUAUCGAUGAUCAAAAGAAUGAUAUUUACUUUGGAAGUGAAGUAGUUAACAGAGUUUCAUUUCUUAGAGAAGAUUCAGAAUUCGUGAGUAAGAGUAUAUUCCAUCCUUCUGCCAGAUUCAUAUUUUAUUCAGAAACCGAUCCAUUGAUUGCAAAAGGAUUAUUUAAACGAUUAGUAAUAUUAACCAAUGGAUCAAAUCAAUUGAAUGCUGCUAAUGAUUCCGAUACCAAUGAUAAACAUUUCUCCAAGGGAUUGUUGAAUGUUCCAAGUUUGAAUUGGAGUCAGAUUUUAAAUACCUGGCAACAUGAUAACAAAACCAAAGAUGCUGGAUUAAGAGAUGAAGGUAAACCAGGAUUCUUAUUCUUAGGAUUAUUAGAUGAAAGUGUUGGUUUAGAUCUUUUAAAAUUGAAAAUGCAAGAUAUUUCAAUUGAUGAAGAAGGAAGUCAAGAUGAAAGAUAUUUGGAUUAUCAAGGUAGAUAUCAAGGUAUUCCUUAUUAUGCCGUUGAUUUAACUGAUAGUCCUAAAGUAUCCGAAGCAAUCAUAUCAUUCGUUAAUGAUAGAGUGAACUUAAUUGAAAACACUAUUGAUAAAUCAAUUGAAGAUAAUGGUAUCUUCUAUACCAAAUCAAGAAAACAUUACCUUACAUUCACUAAUACUGAAGCUUCAUUAUAUUCUCAUGGUAAGAUGUAUUUGGAUUGGAUAAAUCGUAAUAAAUUUUGUCCAGGAUGUGGUCAUAAAGUGAUUCCUAUCCAUGCUGGUGGGAAAUUAUAUUGUACCAAUGAAGAAGUGGCUGAUCCUAAAGAAUCAGAUACGGAUAAAGAUCGUGCUAAAAAGAGUAAAUGUCCCGUUAAAAGAGCAAGUGUUUCUAAUGUUACAUUCCCAAGAACAGAUGCAGUAGUAAUAACUGCCAUAACCAAUGAAGAGAAAACCAAAGUAUUAUUAUCCUUAGGUAAAAGACAUGCUGCUACAAGAAUGUAUGCAUGUACAGCUGGAUUCAUGGAACCAUCCGAAACCGUUGAAAUCGCCACCAAACGUGAAAUUUGGGAAGAAACAGGUGUUAGAUGUAAAUCAAUUCAAAUUGUUAUGACUCAACCAUGGCCAUUCCCUGGUAAUUUAAUGAUUGGAUGUUUAGCCGUAGUUCAAUUCAAUGGGGAGAAUGAAGUUAUUCAUUUAGGUCAUGAUAAAGAAUUAGAAGAUGCUAAAUGGUUUGAUAUUGAAUUCAUUAGACAAAUGGUUUAUCCUGAUGAAGCAAAUCUUACUGAUGAAGAUUUUAAUCCUGAUGGAAUUUUAAUUCCAAUGCCUGAAUCAGUUGCUUUCCAAUUAAUUAAAUUGGUAGUUGAUCAAGCAGCUGCUGAAAAGUCUCAUGUUCAUGGUGAUAAUAAGUUAUAA